GCAAAUAAAGAAGCACGAACUUAUGAAGCUUAUUGGUAUUUCCAGAAAAAUAAAAAUCUUCUAAUUGUCGUCGGACAAGAAACAAUUACCGCCCUCGUUCCUCCGUCCGGUAGCUUUUACUUUUCCUCUUACGCUCACUACUACACUACCACGACCUUUCCUUCUCUUAGUUAGCAUUGACGGGUCCUCUGUUCUCUGUAACCAGUAUUGAAGAGGCUGUUUUUGGAUGAAGGACGAGGGUCUAGCGCUGUUCUUUUGGUAUCGGAUGAAUGUGGUGGAAUAAGGUUGUGAAACUUAGUGGUUAUAGUGUCCGGCAUUACUCGAGGUCCAAAAAGGUCCAGCCUCCACGGGUGAUACGAGUAACGAACAAUGUAGCCCAUCUGGGCCGCCCAAGAAAGGGACCAAAACCUCGCCAGCUCCUAUCUCUGCCCCCAUUUCCGGGUCACCCUUUGCCUGGAAGGAACUCGUCCACUGGUCACGUCACUGCCAUUAGCUGGCUCAAGUAUUAUUUUGAUGACAUACCUGGCGAUGUCGUUCAAUCUCACUUCAACAAGGGCCUUGUGCAGAUGGAAAGCCUUGAUUCCAGUAUGUCCUCGAAGAGUCAGGGAAUGCAAACAAAAUCGACGAGGAAGAUUAAUCACAAUGAGGCCAUGGAGCCGGGGGCAAGAGUGUCUGUACCUGUUUCUGUUGCUGAAGCUAAGAUUUCCAAGAGGUUUGACAUCAUACCAAGUGGGACUCUAUACCCAAAUGCAGAUGAGAUAGAGUAUUUGCAAAGACUUGUAAAAUACAAGGACUCUGCUAUACUUGUGCUGAAUAAGCCUCCUAAGCUGCCAGUGAAGGGUAACCUGCCAAUUCACAACAGCAUGGAUGCGUUGGCUGCCGCUGCAUUGUCAUAUGAUUAUGAUGAAGGCCCUAAAUUGGUGCAUCGUCUUGACAGAGAAAGCAGCGGCCUCCUCCUGAUGGGCAGAACAAAGGAAAGCAUUUCCUAUCUCCAUUUAUUGUUCAGUGACAUAAAUAAGGCCAAAUCCUUGUCUAAGGGUUGGGGUGAUGCUUGUGAGUCAACAUAUCAACGGUAUUGGGCACUAGUCAUAGGUUCCCCUAAAGAGAAGGAAGGUCUAAUUCAUGCACCUAUUACAAAGGUAAUGCUUGAUGAUGGGAAGACUGAAAGGGUUAUAGUGGCGAAUCGUUCAGGCCUUGAAGCUUUCCAAGAGGCCAUAACUGAAUAUAGGGUGCUUGGUCCUAUGAUUAAUGGAUGCUCAUGGAUUGAAUUACGUCCACAUACAAGCCGGAAGCAUCAGCUUCGUGUGCACUGUGCUGAAGCUCUUGGUACUCCAAUUGUGGGUGACUAUAAAUAUGGCUGGUUUGUUCAUCACAAAUGGAAGCAAAUGCCUAGAGUAGAUUUUGAGCCAAACAGUGGGGAACCCUAUAGAUUGCGAAGGCCAGAAGGUUUGCAUGUUCAGAAAGGGAGUGUCUUGUCUAAGGUUCCCCUACUUCAUCUGCAUUGUCGAGAGAUGGUACUUCCAAACAUUGAAAAGUUUCUUGAAAUCCAUACAAGUAAAGGCAGUAAUUACCAGUCAAAACUCAAGUACAGCUCAAAACCAGAUGUCCUUCGUUUUGUCGCACCGAUGCCAUCUCACAUGAAAAUUAGUUGGAAUCUCAUGUCAUCUUAUUUGAUAUGAUAAUGACAAAACUUGCCUUCACUCUAAACUAGUAAAUCUAUGGGAGCCUGCUUAUUUGCAUGUUGUUCCUUCCUUUGUUUUGUGUUCUUUUCCAAUUUGUGAAAGCAUGUGAUGGUGUUCCUGAGGAGUUUGUUUCAAGCAGACUGUCAGAGCCAUGGGGAAAUGUUAUGAAAGAACAGCACAUUUCUAGUUCAAAGAGUUUCUGAUAUGAGCGCAUGAUACCUUAGGUUGAUGAAGCAUAUUGGCCUCCUUUUUAAUCUUGUACAUGAAAAGAAUAUCCCGUUUUAUCAA